UUGACGCACUCUUUGUGGUAGCGCUUUCAAACUCCAAGUUAUAGCUUGUCAUGCAGUGUUGAAAUAAGUUCAUGAUGACGGCUCCGAUGUUCUGGCGCUGUUAUUUUUUGUCGCUACAAUCAACCUAAAUGCCCGAGUAGUUGCGGGAGUUGGUGAUUUCCGGUACCUGACAGGUUACGCCGGCCUCAACCAAACCGGGGCACACUACCUGUUCACCGACUACAGCCCCGACCUCAGCGUAGUGCUGAUGGACAACACCAUCGAGAGCGCCUGUGAGACUGGAAACUGGAUACUCUACGACACUCCAAACUACGGCUCGAACGAUACGGAGUUUUCUUACCGCUUUACAGAAGUCAGCUGGUGCGGGAAUAUAGCCACAAGCUUCAGGAACAUGGCGUCCUCGCUGAGGUACGCUGGGAGCCCAAACGGCCUCAACGAUAACUAUUACAAUCUGUACGAGGGAACGCACUUCCGGGGCAGGGAGUUCAGAGGCAACACAAACGCGUCCGACGUGGGUGACCUGGACAUGGCCGUCUCAUCGCUUGUCGUGACCGGACAGUCGUCGUGGACCUUCUACACCGGCCUCCACUACACCGGAGCCAACGUGUGCGUGUAUGCGUUCUCUCAUCCCACCCACGAUGGCAUUGAUCUCGACAGCACAUUCUACAGAAAUAUGGACGACCUCGGUUUGCCAGACAACUCCAUCAGGUCUGUCGCGCGGGACUGCCUCAUCGAGCGCGUGCUGGGCCAUCCCGGCGGUGAACGCGGCGGUCAAGACGCCACCAACUGAACACUAUAUAUAGAGGACAGAUGUGCGUGAUGUUCUGUGCAGGCAUUCAGACUGCAUGUGUUGGUUGUUGACUGCAUAAAUGAACGUCACAUGCGUUUUGAUGCAUGAUAGUCAGAGCAUGAUGGUCACUGCAUGAAUGUAUACUAGGUGGGUGUGAUGAAAAGAUGCGAUGGUUGUUCACAUCAAGCAGAAGUGUUUCCUUUGAGUAAAGAAGAGAUGUGUUUGAUGUCCAUCCUUCAAACAUUAUAUCAACAGAUGGUCUUGACGUGUAUAAUGUUUGCAUCGUUUACUCGUAUACGUUAAGCGCUCGUAUAUAUGCUGCUUUCAUGGUGCACAAAUGCUUGUUUUUAUCCAAACACUCUUUGAUGUGUGUACUCGACUGUGGCCCACAAUAAAAAAGAGCCGAUGGCAAGGCAUAACCAUUCAGUACCUGUCAGCUGGUGUGUUGUGACGUACCUGUCAGCUGGUGUGUUGAGUACCUGUCAGUUGGUGUGUUGAGUACCUGUCUGCUGGUGUAUUGUGACUAUGUCGACCUUCCCCCUCAUACCUUCCACAUACCUCCAUUAAAUCAGUUAAUAUACGGACUUUUCCCUCCACAUAUCAACCAGUUUUUCAUAACCAGUUUUUGGUAGAUAAUAUCUACAACAAGAAGGCUGGUCAAGAAAUGCCGAGGAUACCAUUCAACGGAGAAUAUGAUGAGUCGAUAUUCUAGGAGAUUGAAAGACAUUUUGAGAAUACCUUAGUUUCAUUUUUGCGCGAAAAAUUCUUGAUGUAUUGGUUCACUGGAAGCAGCAGGCAAAUUUUUCCGUUUUAUGGGCUGUAGAGAAUAAGAACCCAUUGACAUCUCGAAAAAGUGUAUAAGUCGCAGACUUGAUGAAGAAUUAAUGUUCAGUUUCUUGUAAUUACCUCCAUCAUAUAGCUCUAUACAUAUAAAGUUUACAUAUUUUUUAUUUCUGUCCACGUUUGUAAAUAAUU